AUGUCUCUGCAGGGUUUGAUUUCUGGAUCUGAGUGUGCUGUACCGCUGAACCCGCUGUCGCAAGUUCUGAAACACACAGAAGGAGACAGAAGUUUGCAGCAGGAUCGUGUAGCUGGUCCUUCAUCCUCCCGACUCCAACACCUUCCGGGAUCUGCUCCAGCCCAAGCCGCAGAACAAGAUGUCGCAAUGGCACGUCAGUUCUUCGAAGGACAGCAAAGAUCAGGCGGCCCUGCACUUGUUGCACCUCCGUAUCUUCAUCCGGCAGAACUUGCUCGCAUGGCGGAAAUGAAUAGACUUCCGGAACUCAACGAAGCAUGGAGCAGGGAAAGAUAUCAGCCUCUGAUACAGAACAAUGUUACCCAAAGCUCAUGGGCAAAUGAAUUUAGCGGUGCUCAGCAACAGCCCAUCAACGGUUCUGCCAUGCAGAUGCCUGAAACUCAGAGGCAGCAAUUCAUUGGUUCACAUGGAAUGUAUGGAACAUCCAUGGGUUUGUAUGGGAAUAUGGGACAGCCGUUCUUCCAGGGGUUCAAUGCUACUCCCCUGAGUGCAGACGCGAGUAAAGGGAAGGGUAAAGCCCGCGAAGCUGAUUAUGAAGCUGCAUUUGCCCAGUACGCUGCCUCGUUGCAAAAUCAAUCAGAAUCCACCUCUAGGAUUGUCGAAUUGGACGAUAAUGCAGCUGCUUUAGAGCAGGCCAUGGAGAACGUCAAACUUGGAGAUACUGAACUGAAGACUAACGGGGAUUUCAAGGACGUUUGGGAUCACCUGCAAAACUCGGAUAUACCACCUCCCGCACAAGAUAUCGGCAAAUGGGAAGCACAAUUCAACCAGCUCAUGAGUCGUGAUCGCGAGGAGCUGGAUCAAGAUUACUCUACAGCCAUGCAAGAAGCUUGGAAUGACGGAUUGGGAAAUCUUAAUGAGAGUGCCCUCCAAUCCAGGUAUAACGAUGAUGGGAUGCCCAUUCUGGACGAAUAUGUGUUCGAGUCAAACAACAAAUAUCUUGAUCCAUCUUCGUCCCCUCGGUCGCCACUGAGCGAAGCCAAAGCUUUUUUGGAGCAGGGUGGUUCGUUAUCUGAAGCUGCUCUUCUACUCGAAGCUGCUAUCCAGAAAGGAGAGCUUGGCGAGGGCGGAUAUGAAGCCUGGAUACUUCUAGGCGAAACCAGGAACAUGGAUGAACGCGAAGACCUCGGUUUGCGUGCAUUGAUCGAAGGUGUUCGCUUAUCAGAAGCUGCCAAUGCCAACGGAGUAGGCAUGCUGUCCUUGGCGAUCUCAUACACCAAUGAGCAACAUGACCGGGCUGCUUAUAAUAUGUUAUUGCGAUGGCUAGGAGCACGUUUUCCCGAUUUCCCGAUAUCAGAUGAGAUCCGAAGAGCUGUCUCUUUACAUUCAGCAUGGGACUCGCAUGAUAAGCUUACAGAAAUCUUCCUUACCCUGGCACGACAGCAGUAUAACCAAGGGAUUGUCGAUCCUGAUACUCAGAUUGCCCUUGGUGUGCUAUUUUAUGCAGCCAUUGACUACGAACGUGCGAAGGAUUGCUUCGAGAGUGCCCUAUCACAGCGUCCUGGGGAUUACGUACUCUGGAACCGAUUGGGAUCCUGUCUUUCCAACGGGAACAAACCUGAGGAAGCCCUUGGAGCGUACAGGGAAGCUUUAAAUUUGCGCCCUACUUACACUCGUGUUAUUUAUAACGUUGGGGUGGCAUGUCUUAACAUAGGAGCGCACAAAGAGGCGGCCGAACACUUUCUAAGUGCACUUAGUAUGCAGGAAACCACAGGCGGUGGUCAAACUAGUGAUCAGUUGUGGUUGACCCUGAGGCGUGCCUUUAUCUCGAUGGAGCGCAAUGAUCUUGCGGAGGUGGCUAAGCCUGAGAACCGGUCAAACUUGGAUUUCUUCCGGCAGCAAGGGUUUGAUUUUUAG